AAAGCCUACUGUGCUGACACAACAGUGUUUUGUGUGAUGCUGGCAGAGUCCUGAUCCCAGAAAGGUCUAUAAAGAGGUCCAAUAGCAGCUUGACAUCUGUUCCGCUCUGAACUGACCAGAGUCACGAUGAGCAAGAUCAUCUUCUACGAAGACAAGAACUUUCAGGGCCAUCACUAUGAGUGCAACAACGACUGUCCUGAGUUGCAGAAUUACUUCAGUCGCUGCAAUUCAAUAAGAGUGGAGAGCGGGUGCUGGGUCACCUAUGAGAAGCCCAAUUAUAAUGGCUACCAGUACAUGCUGUACAAGGGCGAGUACCCUGAUUACCAACGCUGGGGCGGCUUCAAUGACUACAUCCGCUCCUGCCGUAUGGUGCCACCUUACAAUGGGAACUACAGGAUGAAGAUCUUUGAGCGCGCUGACUUUGGGGGCCAGAAUCUGGAGCUGAUGGAAGAUUGUCCUGAUCUGAAUGAUCGCUUCCACACUCGUGACAUCUCCUCCGUCAACGUCAUGGAUGGAUACUGGAUGCUUCAUGAACACCCCAACUACAGGGGGCGCCAGUACUUUCUACGCCCUGGCGAGUACCGCAGACACAACGAGUGGGGAAGCCCCAGCCCGACUUUUGGCUCUCUGAGGCGCGUGACCGAAUUCUACUGAUUCCACUUUUACUGUUUUACCUCGCAUCAACUCCGCAAACCAAUGCUAGCAUACCCUGUGUCCAGUCAAAUCAUGGCAGCAUGUUGGGGAUGGUCUUGAGUUUGGUUGGUUUACACUUUUUUUUUCAUUCUUUGUUCCAAAAGAGUGCCCAUUGUUUGUUGUGAACCUGGUCAUCUUUUGACUUUAGUCAGUUCUUUUCUUUUCGCUUCUGCCUCCUGGAAUCAUAAUAAAAACCAACUGUACAAAGCUUUA